AUGGUGGUAGCUAUGGAGGUACCAAUGGAGGCAGGACUAAGUAACGGUGGUAGCUACAACAAUGCAGUCACCAAUGGCGUAGGAGGAAGUAACGGCGGUGGUUACAACAAUGGAGGCACCUAUGGAGCAGGACCAAGUAACGGUGGUAGCUACAACGGCGGUGGAUAUGCAGUUGGACCACCGCCAGCUGCUCCUCUACCAGCACCAGCUGGUCCGCCAUCAUAUUCCUUGAAUGGUGAAUUGCAAUGUGUACGAUUACAGAUGAUGAAGCCGACACCAGAACAUUGGAGGAGCAAGCAGGUGUGGAGGAGGGCUUUGCACUGCCCAGGAUCUGAUCGGGUGGCGAUUUCGAAAGCUGACGUUUUGUCUGCUUUUGACGCGAAUUCUAUUUAUUUCGACAGACGUUCGAGCGCUAAAUGCCCGAAUAAACAAUUGCUCCACUUCCAGUUCAUUUGCUGCCCACGUCCUCAUCUGAAGGAAAAUCUGGCAAGUGAACAAAAGUGA